GCCGUUCGUAUGCCAUUUUUCACGAUCGUGUAUCCUGUGUGCUGGUGAACUUUUUCCCUGGCUGAUAUUCAAGCCGUGUGGAAUUAGUCACUUUCGCGCCAUUGAGUGGAACGGACGUGUUUCAUCCUCAUAAUUUUUAUACUGCGUUAUUAUUGCGAGAUAAUUUUCGUCUCGACUUGGCGACCGAGUAUCGAGCAAACAAACGCACGUAUCCCAGCAAACAAUGUAUGAAUUGCAGAGAAGAAACUUUUGCUGUCAUCUUGCUGUCGUUGGGAAAUUUUGUUUCUUUGGUACAAAUAACCGCUGUCGUUUCGAACGUCACCGUCGCAAAUCGGAAUCCCUUUGAAUUUUGUCCGUUUUAUUUGCGUCUCGGGUGUUCACGCAAAAUUCACAGCGAGCAAAAAAACACGAAUGAUGAAUGACAAAUAUUUUGAGUUUGUGGAAGACACGGAGGAGCCGUCCGUUAUAUCGUCGGAUCCGAACGAGCGAAAAUUAGCGCGGCGUAUUCGUAUUCAGCGACGCCUAGAAGCGUUGACUAAAAAAAAAGAUGCCGAAGAUGAAGAGAUUAUCGAGAAGAUGCUCAUCGAAAAGCAAAUACUUGCUAGUUCCGAACUCUUGGAAAACCUGUCGUUGGAAGGUGACGAAGUGGUGACUUCCGUGAAGAUCGCGAAUGAUGCUAGGGAAUUACAGCGACGGAAGGAGACGCGGGAGAUCAGGAGGAUGUUGCUAAAAAAUCUCGAGGAAGACGAAGAGGAAUGCAUGAGGAGAUAUCGAGAGAUCAAUGAGAAGUGGUCAAGUAUCCUCGUAUCUAAAGAUCCGUUAGACAUACACGCGGAAAUGGAAGCUCAAAAUGCCAAGUGUAUGGAAAUCAUGGAGAGGAAAGAUGCUGUAAUUGCGCAGCUGCGAGAAGAAUUGGAGAAUGCCGAUCUCAAGUUUGUUGAGGACCAAAAGAAACAGAACGAGGACGUAGAUUUGUUAAUCAACAGAAUGGACAAUCAAAUGAAUAUCAUAACGAAAGCUUAUCGUUGCGAAUUGUCGCUUAUUAAUGAUGCAAUAGAGUCGGAGCGUAAAAUGUUGUUAGAAAAUAUUGGAGAGAAAUGGGAAGCGCUGCAUAAAAAGCUACAAGAGGAAAGUCUCGCCGGAGUGGACAGGCGGAAGGAGAUAAUGCGCGAGUAUGAGGAAGAGAUGAAGACAGCGAUAAUCGAGCAUCAGGAAGAGUUCCGGGCGCAGAAAAUCAGUUUCGAACGUGAGAUUCAAAAGCUUCAACAGGAGGUGCAGAACACGAAAGCAGUGUGUUUCAUGAACAUCGAAAAACUGGACUACAGUUACGCCGUGCUUAAGAAACGAGAAGACGAAAACGCCAUAGUGAAAAAUCAGCAAAAGAGAAGAAUUAAUAAACUUCAAGAUGUUAUCAACGAUUUGAAAAAGAAUUAUGCGGACUUAGAAGAAAACACGAGAUUUGAGAUACAGAAGCUCACGGACCAGGUCAUAAAGGUGCAUAAGAACAUUUUGGAUUUGAUGGAAAAGUCAAAUUACUUUACAAAACUUAACGAUAAGACGUAUAUGCAAAUUUGGGAUAUGAAUGUGAAAAAUGCGAAUGGGUUGCUCGAUAAGAUUCUGAAUGCCGACAAGAUCAUAUAUGAACAAGUAUUGGGCAUAGAAUGGAAUCCACCCGAAGAAACCUUGUUGAAAAAGAAAGAUUUGCCGUCUUAUCGUAGUGUGAUGUCUAUUAUAGAAGAGGAGAAUAGAUUGAUCGAAGAGAAAAGAACAAUAUGUAAGUCUUACAAACCGGCGAGUAUCAUUGAGGAAAUCAAUUUAGAAAGACGAAUGCUGAAUCAUAUCAUAAAACACAUCGCCAAUCGUUGCGAUUAUUUGAUCGAAGAUAGAUUGCUCGAGUUGCUUUUACCUUAUACCGCGAACGAUCAGCUCGUCAUACGAUUGGAUAAUAUAUUUCAGGCAUUAAACAUCAAGUCCGAAGAGGAACUUGGCUUUCUCUUGAAUUUGUUUUUGCCAUAUGCAUAUUGUCCUACGUGUAGUAGGGACAUAAGUAGGUCCACUGAUGACGAAUUGGUUGAAUCUUCUUCUUUAAAAACGGACGUCGAACAGGCAGAUAUCUGCGAACCUGUAGACAAGUUUACGGAAGAAGAAGCUAAAUUGAUUGCUGCCGUGAAAGAAGCAAUUGAUGAGGAAAAGUUGUCUACUCCUAGUGAUGACGUGAGCAUCAUGGGCGUCUCAUCACCAAGUUCUUUAACUGAAACAUUACUUCCUAUCGCGGAAUGUACUUCAACUUCCUACGCAUCUAUUAGUGAUAUCAUUAAGGAUGAUGAUCAAAUGCAACGACGCUUGUUAUGUGAUAAAGGACAUUUACUUGAAAUUGAAGCUACGUUUGUUACUAAAACUUUACGGGAAUUUGUAGAAAGAUAUCAUUUUGUCAAACGUGAAGAGAUGUCGAAGUCAUUUCAAGAAAAAUUAACAGAAAAAAAGAUGGUUGUUUCCCGAAACAUGGCAGCCCAAGAUGUAAUAGACUUUUGGAAACGAUACACUGAAAUUUUCCCAGCAAAGAAAGAACGACUCUGGGAUGGUUUAUUAAUCGGACUUAAAAAAUAUUUUGAAAUAUUAAAAGAACGACAUCGUUUAAAUAUUGAAGUAGAAUCUUUACGAAGGCAAAAUGCAGAAUUACGACAUUUAUUGAAAACAUACAUAAUCCAAGUAAUGCUAGAAAAUAACAUAAAUAUAUUGUAUACUGAAUACUAUGUAAUGAAAGUGGAUUGGUACGCAGGAUAUGAGCAGUUUGUCAAGCGCAACCUGACUCUGCUCCCCCAUCAGCAAGCAGGACAGCAGCAAGACGAGCAGUCUCAGCAGCUGGCUCAACCGCAGCAGGCUGACAUUAUGACGUCCAUGUUCGAUCAGCAGAUCAAGAGUGAGCCCAUGGGAUUUUACUCAGUCGCUUCCAGUCGUUCGGACGGAUCCAACUCGAUGGUGAAUUUGUCUGAUGAUCGAGAGGAUCUCUCUCAACAAGAAGGUCAUCUGCAGCCUCAGCAGCAGCAGCAGACACUGCAGUUGAGUCAGCAGCAACAGGGUCAGCAACAGGGUCAGCCACAGAAUCAGCAACAGACACAGCAGACGCAACAACAACAACAACAACAGCAGCAGCAGCAACAGCAGCAAAGUCAGGUCAUGCAACAGGAAUCACCGAGUCGUCAAUCUACAGGCCAACAGACCAUUAAGGAGGGCACGCGAUCCAAGCCACAACCUUGCAAGGUUUGCGGCAAGGUGCUGUCCUCCGCUUCGUCCUAUUAUGUGCAUAUGAAACUUCAUUCGGGGAAUAAGCCGUACCAUUGUACAGUAUGCGAGGCAAGUUUUUGCCGCAAACCUUAUUUAGAAGUGCACAUGAGGACGCACACGGGCGAACGACCUUUUCAAUGUGAGCUGUGUCUGAAAAGGUUUACGCAAAAGAGCAGUCUCAACACUCAUAAACGAGUGCACACGGGCGAACGGCCGUAUGCGUGCGACAUUUGUCAUAAACGUUUCGCCGUGAAGAGCUACGUCACGGCGCAUCGUUGGAGUCACGUAGCGGAGAAGCCUUUGGUUUGCGACCGAUGUUCUCUCACGUUCACGUCCAAAAGUCAAUUUGCGAUUCACAUCCGUACACAUACCGCCAGUACCACUUACGAGUGUAAUAUUUGCGGACGUACAUUCGUACGCGACAGUUAUCUGAUAAGGCAUCAAAAUCGGGUACAUCGCGACAUGAAUCAGAGCAGCUCGAAUCACAAUCCGCCGACGCCGCAGAGCAGCGGCGCCGGCACGCCUGGCACCGGCUUCGAGAGUCCGGUCUGUGAUCUGCGCUACAGCGAGGGACCGUCGUCGUUGGACGGCCUCGCGGGAGCUAAGGGCGCGGGCAUUGCCGCGGAGAUCGCCAGUUUAGCCAAGCAGAACAAUCUACAGCUUCCACUACCGCUGCUGCAUCCGCAGACCACCAACUAGUGUUUAGACGGCAGCAGUGCUACCCAGUCCCUGCCGCAACACCAAUCACCGCAGCAAGUAGUAUGUCCCACCUCGGCGUCUUCGCCGUUCACACUUAACUCACCUAUAUCUCACACCGAGCACACGAGCACACCGCAGAGUGUCUACCAAACGACGGGCUCCUCCGAUCCCUUGGAAAGCCCCAACUCCCAACACUAUCCGCACUUGUCCCCUCUAGAUCCAGCAUCGGAGUCGCAGCACCAUUCGCAUCAGCUGCACCGCGGCAUCCCUCCGCCAGGGCUUCAUCCCGCGCUCUAUUUGUAUGCGCAGUACUCGAAUACAAGCCCCACGAUGUCGUAUUCGGAAUAUAUGCAGCGUAAUAGUUAAACGCGAGUUUUCAUCUAGCAUCGAUCGACUCGUACGCGAAAAUAUAUAGUGAAAAUAUAUAGUGAAACUGGUGCUAUUUAAUCGCGUCGAUUGAUCAAAGUGCCUAUCGAGCAUCCACUUCCGAUUCGCAACAACGGAUGCUCGCUCGUCACGGUUUAGGAAUACGAUUUCAGUUUUGGUCCAGAAGGAGUACAUCGAUUCAGCUCGAUCAAUCACAAAGUGAUUACCGUUCGAUAAAAUAUUGCUAAUAUCUUGCGUGUUUAUACCUAAUGGAUUUUAUAUUUACAAGCAUCUUUUAAUAUGGGAUUGAAUAGCACCCGCUUGAGGCGCGGCUUUUAAUUGUCGGACGAUAAAAUCGAGCCGGCGUGGAUCGUUCUAAUGAAUCGAUCGCUAUCCGUACGCGAUGCUAGCUGGAACCAAAGCGUGCAACGUUUCUACGAGUCUUCACGAUUUUCGCACUCUUGUUUCGCCUGGUUUUAAUCACGUGUCCGCGAGUAUACAUAUACAUAUAUACAUAUAUUGUAUGUAUGUGUAUAUGCAAGAUAUUCGAUAAUAAUCGUAUCAUUUCUCGUGGACAGAUAAAGCGAGUUGUACUAAAUAGGAAAGUCCUCUACCGUUUUGCGAUUUUCCCGUGCAAUAAUUAAUUUAUAAAGAUAUGCGAAAGAUGAGCGUGAAUUCGUGUGAAGGGAUAAUCUAGCGGCAAGAUGGUUUGGAGAUGUAAUCUCCACAAUUUGGACAAAUAAUGGAGUAUCCGUUUAUAGCGCACACUUCCUGAUGACUAUCAUAAAUAUCGGUAAAGUUGGGUCAUCUAUUCACACGCAUGCAUCACAUUUAUGCAUCUUCAUAAAUUAAUAUCUCAUUAAUUAUUUCGAAGUUCGCAAUAUGACACAGAGCUUUUCUGCUAAAUUUAACUUUAUCUGUCCUACGAGAGGUGAUACGAUUAUUACUGGACACCUUGUGCAUCAUGCAAAAGCCAUUAUAACACACGUACACAUAUUUAUAUUAUAUUUUUAAAGGAGUUUAGUCACUUGAAUCUGUGAUAUAGAUAGUAAUUAUUGUCUACAAUGUUUAAACUAUUGGUUUAAUAUUUUGACGAAUAUCAAAACGAAGAAAAAGAAAAAAAGCAACGUCACGAGGCGAUCAAAAAUUUAUACCAAUGCUGGUCUCUACCGAAGGUGUUUGGUAGACACCCUAUACUCUAUUAAUUUUACAACAGCAACAACAAAGUAACACUAUGGCUAAUGCUACUAUUGUCACCGCUAUUAUUCUAACUACCACUAUCACAUCUCUCUGUCACCACCACCGACAUUUUCCCCCAAUUAUAUAUCUAUCACUACUAUUACAACUAUUACUACUAUCACCAUCACUAUUAUUCUCUACUGCUACUACGUACUACUAUAUAUAUAUAUAUAUACUAACUAAAAAAAGAAAUUACUACGAUCACGUUAUCGCUAAGAAUACACCCACACACGCGAGAACGCGCGUUUAUUUCGGCAAACUACGUCUAGUGCAUACGACUACGACCCGUCAUAUAGUCGUCAUGGUUUCUCUUUAGCUUGAAACGCUAUGAGAAUUUCUUCUGUCGCUUUUUCCUUAGAUCGUAAAACGUUUAUCCCUUCGCAACACCGACGGAUAUGUUCGUAUGUGACGAGGUGCGCGUUUGUGAUAAAGAAAAAAAAAAGAAAAUUGUUCUUCGUUUAGAGAGUAGAGCGCAGCUUUCGCAAUCAGUUCCAUAGUUGUACUUACUUUCCACAUAUCUCAAGAUGUACACAGAUAUAUAUAUAUAUUGUAUAUACAUAUACAUAAUACGUCGUACGAGUGUAUUAUAAGGCGAAA